UGUGAAGAAGGUCCAAGAAGGCAGUGCACAGCACAAACGAACGAUCCAAAGAAUACAACGACCAAACCAUUUUCCUCUUUUUCUAUAUCGCUCUCUCUCUCUCUCUCUCUCUCUUUCAUCACCUUUCUCUCUCCAAGGCGUCCUUUUUCCACCUACAGGAUCAUCACUCUAACCAAUAUAUAAUAAUAUUAUAGUAUAAAAAUAUAGAGAGAAGCCAAAAAUAAAAGGAAAAUAAAAAGUUGUCCUCUGUUCUACCCAUUUCCUCCAUCAAUUUUCAGAGCCCUUUUUCUUUUUCCUUUUAAAAUCCAUAUUACAUAAAGUGACGAUCUUUGAGGUGGGUUUGGCUUUUACAUCGAUGGAAACCAUUUAGAUAAGGCAGAGGAAUCUGAAAAAGACCAUUUUUUGAUAGCGGGAGCUUCCAUUUGAUCAUGGCGGUUGCUGAGAAUGCUGGGGCAAAAAUCGGGUCAUCAGGUCAAAAUUUGGAAAACACCGUAGUAUCAUCUGAUUCCAAUGCGGUAAACGAUCCAGAUAAAUCAAAAACUAGGACUGAUUCCGUGACCGCUGCUAAGACUACUAAGGAAGCCAACUUUCAACAAGAACAACCAGCAGCAGCAGUCAACAGCAAUGGCGAUAGCAAUACUCAGAUGCAGAAAGGGUUUAGUGAGAAGAAUCAGCAUCAGGUGGGGGCAAAGACUGCUGGGUUUAAUAGGUUUAGCAAUCUGGAAAAUGGGGAUAAUGGUGAAAUUUUCAAGAAUGAUAUGAGGGAUUUGGUAGAGAUUUUGUCUAAGCUUAACCCCUUGGCUGAGGAAUUUGUACCUCCAUCCCUUGCCAAUCAUCCGCGUCAUCAUAAUUUUAAUGAUAACCAUGAUCAAAACCAAAAUCAAACUAAUCCCUUUUUGGAAAAUGGGUUUGGAUAUGAUACUGACAAUUUUGUAGCCGGCGACGUCAAUGGACAUACUAAUAGAAGGAAGAGAAAUAACUUUAGCCAAGGGAAGAGAAGGUUGAAUAAUAGAACGAGUAUGGCACAGCGAGAGGAUGCAAUUAGGAAGACCGUUUAUGUAUCUGAUAUUGAUCUGCAGGUUACUGAGGAGCAUCUUGCAGGUCUCUUCCUAAGCUGUGGACCGGUUGUUGAUUGUCGUAUAUGUGGUGAUCCUAACUCUGUUCUCCGCUUUGCCUUCGUCGAGUUUUAUAAAGAAGAGGAUGCAAGGGUUGCUUUGAAUUUGUCUGGGACCAUGCUUGGUUUUUACCCUGUAAGAGUGCUGCCUUCCAAGACUGCAAUUGCACCUGUUAACCCGACUUUUUUACCGAGGUCUGAGGAUGAGCGCGAGAUGUGCACAAGGACUAUUUAUUGUACAAACAUAGACAAGAAGGUUACUCAAGCUGAUGUCAAGCUCUUCUUUGAAUCAGUUUGUGGGGAGGUUCAUCGCUUGAGGCUACUGGGAGAUUAUCAUCAUUCAACUCGUAUAGCUUUUGUGGAGUUCGCAAUGGCAGAGAGUGCGAUUGCAGCCCUCAACUGCAGUGGUGCAGUUUUGGGGUCACUGCCCAUAAGGGUAAGCCCAUCAAAGACACCUGUUCGGCCCCGUGCUCUUCGCCCUGCAAUGCACUGAAUCAUCUUUUUGCAUGUUUCUUUCUCAUGGACUGAUCAACUGCCAAUAUAUAUAUAUUUACUUAUACAAACAUAGAUACAGCAGUACAAUCGAGGUACUUUUGGUGUUAAUGUUUAUCAUUUUGUCCCUGCGUCUUAGCUCGGUAUCUUUGUUACUUAUAGGGGUUUUAAUUGUGGUUGCCUUCUUUAGCCUGUAGAAUUUAAUUGUGGAUGGGACCGAGGACAUGAAUGUUAAUUUAUGUUACAUAUGGGUGAUCCCUAAAGACAGAUUGCUCAGGCGUAUCUAACAACUGAUAAUUUUAAGUAAACUAUUUCCAGUGUUCUAUUUGAUU